CAUAACACUGGCAGGUUCAAUAGGUGACGCGUAAAAUCAAUUACUUUUUUACUCUAUUGUGGUGUUGAAAUUUUAAAUUAGGAACGCGAUCUGUUUUCAUAACACGCUUCGUUGCAUUUCCUCCGGCCAUUGGCAAGGAUAACCAGCUGUUAAUCGACACGGUGAUUUAGUAAUGCAUAGCAAUGACGAUUAGAUUACGACACUGGCUAAACUGGGUCCUGUUGGGCUCGGUCAGUUCAUAAUAGACACCCCAAGAAGGUCGGCGUAUCAAUAAAAAAUAUCGGAAAGUAAGACUGCCGUAUAGUUCGCAAUUCAAACUGACCGAGCUGUCAAACUUUGAUAUAGAACUUUUCACGAAGCAGGCAUACAAAAAAGUAGAAAUCUUUUUAGAGUUGGCAGUGUUAAAAUCGAGAAAUGGAGAUAGUGAAAAUUUGUUACGCGUGGAUUUUUAUUUCGUUCUUGGUGUUGCAAUGUGUGAUGGUUGGCACGGAGCAAAGUUCGUUCGAGUUGCCAGUACAACUCGUUGGAUUUCCUUUUAUUAUAAUGGCAGUGAGAGUGACCAACUUCUUCAAGAAGCUAUCUUACGCCUUAAGCCCAGCGACAUACAGAUCAAGAUCACGCCGCCACUUGACGUAUGAGGGCGAUUCAGAGCCUUUCGACGCUCAAGAAGUGGAAAAGUACAUCGUGGGUGAGUUCGGGACGAGGGCCUGCGUGUUUGAACGUGUUUGUGUGGACUACGCCAAAAGAGCACAGACCCAACCGAAGCCACAAAUGAAUUGGCCUGAAGUUUUUCGCCAAUAUAAGAGGUCAUCUGAUCAAGCAAAAGAACUCUACCUUCUCAGCGUGUUUCUUGGAGAUAUUGUGGGAUCCUCACAGCUGUGCCAUCAGCUCGCCAAGCGACGUGCAUGUGACGACACUUUGCUAACAUAAUCUAUAUCUUACUUACAAGUAAUUAGAAUAAAAUUCGUCUGCUUCAAUCAUUGACAUAUCAGCAAGGAAAAAAAUUCAAUCAAUCAACUGAGGUGUGUUGCCGUGACGUAUUGAAUGCUCAUUGGUCAAUCAAUGAUAUCAUUGUAGCGUUAUUGGUCAGGUAAUAAAUCACAACAAAUCAUAAGCCAUAGCUAUUGGCUACUAGUGGAUUUUUAUUAAUGCACGGCAACAUUAUCUCUGGACCUCGCUGGAACGUGAAGCCCUUUCCCUUUUCAGCCCGUCGCGCUCAUCCUGUUGCGUUAGUACGGUUUGCAGAUUCAUUACCGUUAGGUAAAUAUGAUAUUUUCCUGCUAUCUUUUUUUUUCUUUAUGAAGCUUUCGUUGUUACGUUUUGACUUUUGUUGUUAAUAGUUCUGUAGUUUCUGUUGCUGUGUCGCUAUAAUAGUAUUGCCAGAAAAAUAAAUACUUUUUUACUUAACCCAGAUUGCUUUGCACACCGUAAUAAGGUGACGCUGUGACGUCAUAGACGUGAUGGUCCAGAGAUAAUAUAACCGGGCUUAUAAGUAGAUUUAUGUUCGUAAUUUGAAAGCUUUUGCCUUUUAUCAGGUAUCUAUGGGUUAUCAGGUCGGUAGGUUUGAAGCUGAUAGAUUAUUUUGUGUAAAAAUUAAGGUGUAUGGAAUUAGGAUUUACGUGUAGAUAUAUUUUAUUGUAUAAUAUAGCGUUUUAACAUUUGCUUAAGAGAAAAUGUUACCACAUCAAAACAUAUUGUGAUUUACUAAUUUUAAGGUUCUAUAUUGUUGUAAGUAGUUUAAGUAUGUUGUAGCUACGGAGAUAAGUUGUUUGUAAGGGGAAAAGAUGGAAAGUAUGUUAUUAAUGAAAUUUGUCUGCAAAUAUCUUUCUUGGCGUUAUUUUUAGGCAAUGUUACACGAAAAUAGAAUGUUCAUUUUAAUAUUUAAAAAAAAUUAAAACACUUUUAUAUCAUAACUUUUACUGAUUAUAUUUACAAAGACUUCCCAUUAAGGAGUUAAGUACACUUGAGGUGGGAAUUCCCCUCUAUUUGUAGUGCAAUUUCAAGUUUAAUUAUUUUAAGGUUGUUAAUUACAUUCACUAAUAAGCCAGACAGUUAUACCCACUUUUAUGACGGGUUCAUGUAUGAUAUCGCCGUUUUGUACUGAGAUAUUCAGACUAUUUUUGUAAGGUAUAAUAUACCAAUUUACCCUCUUAACGGAUACAUUUCUGCAUCGUUAGCUUCACACCAGAACUUGUAUUCAAAAAUUACUCUUUUUUUCAAUAUUUUCAUCAAGUUAUUUUUAAAGCCGAAUAAAAAAACAAUUGAAUAAACAGGAAUUAAAUACUACGUAAUAAGAGGCGGGCUGCCUAUGUAAAAAUGAAAUUUUGUUUACUAUGAAACGUGCAGUGAUUUGACACUACUUUGAAAUAGUACUAAUUAAAGUAUGGCGAUUGGAGACGAAGUAUAAUCCGGCUAAGUUUGAAAGCGAACAGUUGUUUAAAACAUAGUGGAUUUCGGCUAUCUCAAUUUUUUACAAGAUUAUAGCCGUCAUCUGUCAAUCUAUCAAUGGACUGCACGUUUCAUACAAUCGAGUCAAUCGCUCAUUUGUUAGAACUUCAGACAUUCCGAUGACGUACACUUUUAAAAUCUAGAAUGUUCUAGCUGUCUAUGGAAAAAGUUUCAUUUAUUAAUCAUGCACCAAGUAGGUUUUAUUUACAAAUCGGUAAUUUCAUACUUAAACCACUAUUAUUUAUGUUUGCUCUACAUCUAAGCUAGAUAAUAAUAAUAUGGAUAGCGCGCAUUAAAGUGACCUAUUCUAUUUUAAUAAAGAUAUUAUAUUACUUCCUGUAAGUCCAUAUCAAUGAAAUUUGAUACAAUUGCACAAUUUUAAGGUUAUUCAUAUGGGUGAGAGUAGUUUUCUUGAACAAAUUGAUUGAGCAAAUAUAUGUGUGUGUUGGUUGGAAAAUCUCGACCUACGCUCUUAAUGCAUAGGCGAUAUUUUCCAACAAAACUAUCAAAAUUUACUUCAUCAAUUUGCAAAACUUUUUAAUGCAUAAAAAAUAUAGUUUACAUUUAAAGUUUUUACUAAUUUGUAAGUGUUUUAUAUAUAAUUGUUCUUUUUUUAAUUCGGUAACUUCAUUUAGAAUCCGUGAAUUCUUUCUAAUAGCUGCCAAGAAACGAAUUUAUAAAAUUGUUAUUUUAUUUUCUUAUCAUGAUUUGUUAUAAGCUAAUAAUGUGUAUUUUUUUCAAAAAAAAUCAUUUUAGAAUUUAAGUUGGUGUCAAGUUAACCACAGAAAUCGUAACAAGGAGGUAGUUAAUAUUAGUUAAUUUAAUUCAAGGGUUUUAAAAUAUAAACAAUGUUCCAGUUGG